UCUCGUUCAAAGAAGCCAACGUAAAUGUUCCGGGUAAAAGUGGGAGUUCUACCCUGCAGAACAUCUCUGAUAGAGCGAGGUUUUCGCGGGUAGUUCUCAAUUGGCGCGGUCAGAAAACAUUCAUUUGAACAUGUUUAACUUGGUGUUUGGGGCUAACAUUUGAAGAGGACUGAGGUCAUUAAGGACCUUGUCUGCUAAGCUUAUAGUCGUGUUUUUGGUGGAAAGCGCUCAAUUCAUUUGUGACUUGGCUAACAUUUUCGGCUAGCUAACAACUGGCCUCUGGCUAUCAUGUUUUCCGAGCUGAGUGCCCCGAGAGACGGCUCCUCUCUCCUGUGCCGCCCGACAGAGGACCAGGACCAGGCCCCAGUCUUCGAGAGGGCUUCCCCGGCCUACAGCCCCCACUCGGAGCGCUUUGGAGUUGGGGCACGGAGCUUCGGUCGUCAGUAUGCUCAUAUUUACGCUGCUCGACUCAUGCAGAUGAGACCGUUGCUCGCGGAAAAAGCCCAACAAAAGUGGGGAUCGAAUGUACUCGUCCGUCAACUGUGUGAUCUUCAGACUGGAGAACAGUGUUGUAUUGUGGGAACGUUAUUCAAGCGUAUGGACUUACAGCCAUCCAUCCUUAAGGAGAUCAGUGAGGAGCACAACCUGCUGCCCCAGCCUCCCCGAGUUAAAUUUAUCAGUGACAGCGACGAGCUUAUCCUGGAGGACGAGCUUCAGAGAAUCAAACUAGAAGGCAAAAUUUACAUAGAUAAGUGUGUGACAGGUAGCGUCAUUGUAAUAUACGGAGCUGAGAGGAAUGAUGGCAAGUUCACAGUGGAGGACUUCUGCACAGCUGGUCUCCCAAUGCAGACUGCAAGACCCACACUGAGUGCAGAUAGAUUUGUGCUCUUGGUCUCAGGACUCGGUCUCGGAAGCAGUCAUGCUGACAGCAUGCUUGGACUACAGCUGCUGGUGGACAUGGUCACGGGUCAGCUCGGGGAACAGGGGGAGCAGAGUGGGGCAGCGACAAUAUCAAGAGUGUUGAUGGCGGGAAACCUCCUAAGUGAGAGCACACAAGACAAAGAUGCCUCGACCAAGGCCAAAUACCUGACCAAGAAGACUCAAGCUGGCAGUGUAGAGGCCAUUCGCUUGUUGGAUGAGCUAUUGCUACAGCUUGUGGCAUCAGUCCCAGUGGAUGUAAUGCCCGGCCAGUACGACCCCACCAACUACACGCUGCCUCAACAGCCUUUGCACCGCUGCAUGUUCCCUCUGUCUUCAGUCUACCCAACUCUAAAGUUGUCCUCCAACCCGUACCAGGCCACUGUGGAUGGAGUGAGAUUUCUUGGAACCUCCGGUCAGAAUGUCAGCAACAUUAUGCAGUACAGCAGCAUGAACAGUCACCUGGAGAUUCUAGAGGAAACACUACGAUUGCGCCACCUCGCUCCAACAGCACCAGAUACCCUCGGUUGUUACCCAUUUUACAUGAAAGAUCCGUUCAUCUUGGAAGAGUGUCCUCAUGUUUACUUCAGCGGGAACGCCCCUGCCUUCGAGUCAAAGCUUCUUUCAGGUCCUGAUGGCCAGGAAGUCCUCUUGGUCACCGUCCCAAAGUUCAGCAGCACCCAAACAGCAUGCCUUGUCAACUUACGCACUCUUGAAUGUGAGCCAGUCAGCUUCUCCGCUUUUUCUGCUGGUGACGAUGACGAGAGCGAGAUGAACAUCAGCCACUGAGGGUCCGUAAUAACGUUUAACAUAAUGCCCACACAUGUACAGUAUUAUGAAAGGAUUUCUUGGUAACAUACAAUCUUUCAAGGUUAUUAAAAUUGACCUUUAUUUGAAACUUAAUUUCUCACACAUGUAUGAAGAAACACUGUCAGACUUCAUUUCAUAUAAAGUAUAUUUUUCAUGGGUGAAAACGGAGUAAAGAGUUACAUGUGGUGUAAAAACAAAUUGUUUUUUUAUUGUGCAUCUACAACAAAAUUCAUGUAUAAAAAGCUUUAAUAUUGUGUCAAAGAUCCAGCAUGAACAAUCCAACUGAUAAAGAUGGUUAAUGUCAGUGAAGGAUCAUAUUUUCAAGUGUAACAGUAUAUAAUUAACAAGGUUAAAGUAAGUUACAGACAUGACCCAACUUUGUUUUACAAUAGACACAAAAGCCAAAUUCCUACCAAGCAGUACAGUUUGUCACUUUGGUAUUGUACAGUCUUUUUUCUUUUUUCCAUUUUCUAAGGUUUAAUACCAACUGUUACCAUAGUGUGGAAUGGUGGGUCGUAGGUUGAACAUAGAGUUGGAAAUAUUUUCAUCAUACUUUGGUAUAAGACUUUUACCAGCUGUUCUCUUUUAUGGCGCCGGACCGAGUCAUGUACAUACUCUGUUUCAUUAAUAAGUCGCACUGUUGUUUUAGCUGAUAGUCCUCAUCAUCCUGCCUGCAAACCCCAUGGUAAGAGUAAACAGAACAGAUCAGGGCUUUCUAUUCCAAACUGUGCUGCUUGGUUGAGCUCGCUUUCUGGAUUGUUGUAGCUCAGAAUAUG